AAUGUCAUUUCGCGUUUCGAAUUGUCACAUAUUCAAUUGAAUCUCCGCACAAAAAUUAAAUUGCAAAUGUCUGACGAACAACUUAUUUGGGAGGAUAGCCUAUUAAUAAAGGCCUACGAUGACUCCAUAAAUUUGGCACGUGAAACGCUCGCUCGUCGCAUUGCCGACUCAACCAACACGCAUGAGGAAAAUAGACCCGAAAAAAAAGAAGCAGCUUCAACUUCAGAUGUCGAUUUGGAACCGCAGGAAGAGGCCGAAGAGCAGGAGCUAGUUUUCAAAGUUGGUGAUUUUGCACGUGCCACAUAUACCGAUGGAUUGGACUACGAGGGCACAGUGAUAUCCAUCAAUGAGAUUGCGGGCACCUGCGUGCUACGCUAUGUUGGCUAUGAAAACGAACAGGAGGUGCUCCUGGCUGAUCUAUUGCCCAGUUGGGGCAACAAGGCGCGUCGCGAACAAAUACUCUAUUCUAAACGCGCUGAGACCGAGGAAGCGCAGCCAGAGCAGCGUGCCAAGGCUUCCAAGAAGUCUAGCUCGAAAAGCAAGGGCUCAUCGAGUGGACGAUUGGGUGGACCUGGGUUGGUGAUGCCACCAAUGCCACUUGUUCCGCCCAUGUUCUCGCCCACUGGCGGCAUGGAUAGUGAGCCGGAACAGGACUUUGUCGCUAUGUUGACGGCUUGGUACAUGUCUGGCUACUAUACAGGCCUCUAUCAGGGCAGAAAGGAGAGCAAGGCGAAGAAGAAGUCGCCCAAGAAGUAAUUUCAUAUGUAAUCUGAAAGACUCUGUUGUAGGCAAUAAGAU